AUGGGCAGUAGAAGGGAAGCUACCAGUGCUGUUACAUCCACUUUAACGGGUUUAAUUGAUGACAAUUUUAAUGAAAAUGAAGAAAACGUGUCUGGUAGUGUUGUGUCUGGUAGUGAAGUGUCUGGUAGUGAUAGUGAUGCAUCUGAAAGAGUUACUUUAGAUGGUUUAAACAUGGAUGGUAUAGGAGUAGAUGAACUGAGGGCUAAACUUAGGGCAUUGGAAUUAAUUGAAGGAGCUCAUAAAGCUCAAUAUGAGAAGAUUUAUGAGUAUUUAUUGGAGGCAUGCAAAGAUGGCUAUAGGGCUGGUUGUAGGAGGAUAGUAGGUUUAAAUGGAUAUUUUUUAAAGGGCUACUAUGGUGGCUACUUGCUUGCAGCUGUUGGGAUAGAUGCAAAUAAUGGCAUCUAUCCACUUGCAUAUGCUGCUGUCGAAAGUGCAAACCAAGCAUCAUGGCUUUGGUUCUUAGAGUUGCUUGCAAUGGACUUGGAAAUUAAUACUGGUUUCCGAACAAAGGAGCUGAAAGAUUUGCUUUGGAAAGCUGCAAGAGCAAGCACUACAAGAGAGUUCGAUGAUGCCAUGGAUGAACUGAGAAAAACCAAUCACCAUGCUUAUGACUGGUUGAAGAAGAAAAACCCUGCUCACUGGUCAAUGUCUCACUUCUCAAUUAGGAGCCAUUCUGACAUGUUGAUGAUACUGGAAGCAAGAGGUAAACCUAUUCUGACCAUGAUGGAAACAGUAAGGACCAAGAUUAUCUUACUUAUUGUUAAGAAGAAAGAAGAAGCUGAAAAAUGGAAAGGAACUUUGUGUCCAAAGAUCAAGAAAAAGCUGGAUGUAAAUAUAAAAGAUUCAUUAAGGAAUUGGGAUCUUACUGGCAUCCCUUGCUUACUUGCAUUAUCUGUCAUUCAUGUAAAAAAUGAGUUCCCAGAGACCUAUGAACAAACCUGGCACACCAAGCAAACCCAGAUUCAAAUUUACUCCAACUUUGUAAGUCCAGUAAGGGGUCCUAAACAAUGGGCCUCUUUGUCAAACAUGCUACCAAUACUACCUCCUCCAUUAAGAAGGCCACCUGGCAGACCUACUAAAGUAAAAAGGAAAGAACCUGAUGAACCACAAACAAUAGAAAGGUUGAGCAAGAGAAGGGUAGAGAUGAGGUGCAGUAAAUGCAAAAUAAUAGGCCACAAUAAGAGGAGUUGCAAAGGGGAAGUUGGCCAAAACAUUCCAGUUAAAAGACAUCAAGUUGGUGUCUGA